GAGUAGAUGGCCAAUUGGCGGGGUCGAAGACGUCUGCGACAGCCGGCGCUCAUGACUACGAGAUGAACGAAACGGCAGCCGCCGGGACAGACUUGGAGAUGAAUGUUACGGAGAAUGCACAUCUGGUCAACGAUACGGUUACAUCCUUUACCUGGAGCAACCUCGAGGUGAUUGUCCAAGACCGGAAUACCAGAGCGCCUUUGUCGAUACUUUCCAACGCAACGGGCAAUGUGUGUGCGGGAGAAAUGCUCGCCAUCCUAGGACCUAGCGGCUCUGGCAAGACCACGCUUCUAAAUGCACUCGCGCACCGGGCCGCAGCAGCAAAUGCAACGACUGCUGGAAAUAUCCUUGUCAAUGGCCAUACGGCAUCUCUCCAGGAGAUCCGUGAUUUGUCAGCCUACGUCGAGCAAGAAGAUGCGUUGAUCGGCAGCCUGACGGUCAGAGAGACUGUGGUGUUUGCGGCGCGACUCUCGCUUCCACAUACGAUUAGUAGAAUAGAAGCCUUGAGACGGGUCGAUGCUCUCAUAGCCGCCUUUGGCCUACAAGCCCAGGCACAUACCAUUGUCGGCACACCGAUCAAAAAGGGCUUGAGUGGUGGCCAGAAGAAGCGACUCGGCGUCGCCAGCCGGUUGGUGACAAGCCCGAGAAUCAUCUUUCUGGAUGAACCAACGAGUGGACUGGACGCCGCUCUCAGCCUUGAAGUGUGCACUUACAUCAAAGAGAUUACGCGCAAAAACAAACUCAUCACCAUAGCAUCCAUUCACCAGCCAUCAUCCGCAACGUUCCAGCAAUUUGACAAGCUGUACCUGCUAUCUGGCGGACUGACCUGCUAUUUCGGUCGCGUUGGAGAGGCCACGGCAUACUUCAGCACGAUAGGCUACCCGAUUCCCGCCGAGACAAAUUCGGCAGACUUCUUUAUCGAUCUCGUCAACACAGACCUCGACAAGAAUGGCGAGAUCCGCCGCCGCACAAGUCACAUCUGCCAGGCUUGGAAGUCAUCAGCCAAUAGUCGAGAACUUGAUACGGCGAUUCAGAAGACCGUAGAGGGCACGUCCUCAUCUUCAGACAUCAAGAUUCCGCGGUCAACAUCAUGGCGUACUCCCAUCAUACUUGUCCAUCGCUCUUGGAUCAAGUCGUACCGAGAUGUCAUGGCCUACGGUAUUCGAAUCGCCAUGUAUCUUGGCUUGGCUAUCCUUAUGGGCACCGUCUUUCUGCGGCUCAAGACCGAGCAAGCAUACAUACAGCCUCUGAUCAAUGCCAUCUUCUUCGGUGGUGCCUUCAUGUCCUUUAUGGCGGUGGCAUAUGUGCCGGCAUUCCUCGAAGAUCUCAACACCUUUCGACAGGAGCGCGCUAAUGGCCUGGUCACGCCCCUUUCGUUCAUGAUAGCCAACUUUGUAAUUGGUCUGCCCUUCCUCUUCAUCAUUUCCCUACUCUUUUCGAUCAUCACAUACUGGAUGUCCAACUUUCGCCCUUCCGCAUCUGCUUUCUUCACUUGGGUUCUUUGGCUCUUCUUGGACCUUGUUGCGGCCGAGUCUUUGGUCGUACUUGUGUCCUCCAUCUUCAACAUAUUUGUUGUUGCGUUGGCAACCACAGCCUUUGCCAACGGACUCUGGAUGUGCGUCAAUGGGUUUCUAGUCCCAAUGGACAUAUUGAACCCCUUCUGGAAGUACGUCUUCCACUAUAUCGACUAUCAAGCCUACGUUUUCCAGGGCAUGAUGGUUAACGAGUUUGGACGCCGAAGUUAUUCGUGUGACAAGAUUGCCAAGGGACACUACCAGUGCAGCUACCCUAGCGACUUGAACUCUAUAGGCAAGAUUCGCGGGGUCGACGUCUUACGCCAGUUCAGUAUUAAGCCCGGAGAAGAAGGAACAUGGUUCGGCAUUAUGGUUGGGAUUAUUGCUGGAUACCGAUUGCUGGCUUAUAUUGUCUUGGUCUUGCGAAAAUGA